AUGGCUGCCAACGGUACUCACAAGAGGCCCAUCAAUGUGGCAGGAUGCUCUGGAGGUGUUUACGAUCGCAAAAGAGCCAUCCAUGACAUGGCCAAGAAUGAGCCGCAAGUCGAUGUCAUUACUGGAGAUUGGAUGAGCGAGUGCAACAUGACCCUCCGUGGCUCUGAUAAGCGGGAUAAACUCAACAAGAAGCAGCUAUCCGCAGUUGGCGCUGCCUACGAACCAUACUUCCUCGAGGAGCUCGACCCUGCCAUCCCGUGGUUAGCGAAGAACAAGACCAAGAUUUGCGUCAAUGCCGGUGCAAGUGAUGUCCAAGGUCUUGCGGAGGCAGUCAAGAAGUUGAUCAUCAAGCACGGUGUUGAUCUGAAGGUUGGAUAUGUCGAUGGUGACGAUGUUACCGAUGCUAUGCUGGAGUUGUACAACAAGGGCGAAAACUUCCCCAACCUUCCCGCCGGCAAGAAUAUUCAAGACUGGGGUUUCGACCCAAUCUGCGCCCAAUGCUACCUUGGAGGUACUGGUAUCGCUGCCUGCUUUGAAGGAGGAGCAGAUAUCGUCGUAUGCGGUCGUGUCGCUGAUGCGUCGCCUAUUGUUGGUGCCGCAAUGUGGUGGCACGGCUGGAAGCGUGAGGACGUCCAGGAGCUCGCAGGUGCUUUGAUGGUUGGACACAUCAUCGAGUGCAGCACAUACGCCACUGGUGGCUACUACAGUGGUUUCAAGGACCUUGGCGUCAAUGAUACCGACAUGGGCUACCCCAUUGCUGCUCUUGACCACCUCGGUGAAGCCGUUAUCACAAUGGAGAAGGGCAAGCACGGCCUUGUCAACGUCGCCACCGUUGCCAGCCAGCUUCUAUACGAGAUCCAGGGCCCUUACUACUACAAUUCGGACGUCACCGCGUAUCUCGAGGAUGUCAAGCUAGAACAAGUUGGAGAGAACGCUGUCAAGGUUUCUGGUGUUAAGGGCAUGCCUGCCCCAUCUACCACCAAAGUCGGUAUCACCGCUAAGGGUGGCUACCAGGCCGAGUUCCACUUCUACCUUACCGGUCUCGAUAUCGAGGAGAAGGCAAAGAUGAUCGAACGCCAAACAUUAGCUGCUCUCGGUGACCACGCAAAGAAAUUCACAUGCCUCAAAUUCCAAAUCGCAGGCUCAGUGCCAGUAGAUCCGCAAUCUCAGGAUGAGGCUACUGUGGACCUGAGGAUUUUCGCCCAGACCCAAGAUCCUGAUCUUUUAUCCGCUGGCGCUAUGAUCGAUUCUGAUCGGGGUUCUUUCGCCCGCUUUUGUAUUGAGAACUUGCUCCAAGGAUAUCCGGGAUCUACCAUGGCUCCAGACAUGCGCCAGGCUAUUGGACGGCCAUUCUUCGAGUACUGGGUCAGCUUGAUGCCUCAGUCGUUCGUCAAAGAAACUGCUCAUCUUCCAGAUGGCACCGUCAUCGACAUCCCAACCCCCACACAAAUGAAGACGUACGACUUCAACCAACCCACAUACAACACCCGCAACCCUGUUGACCUAUCACAAUUCGGCCCAACUACUCGUGCUCCUCUGGGCUACGUAGUGAUGGGUCGAUCCGGUGACAAGUCCUCCAAUGCCAACUUGGGUCUCUUCGUGCGCAAUGCCGAUGAGUACGACUGGUUCCGAACGAUGCUCAGCGUCGAGAAGCUCCGUGAGUUACUAGGCAAAGAUGACAAGGGCAAGAACAUCGACCGGUCUGAGAUGCCCAACAUCCUCGCCGUACACUUCCUUCUCCGCGAUCAUCUAGACCGUGGUUUCAACGCUACUAGUGGCUACGACAGCUUGGGCAAGAACCUGUGCGAGUACAUCCGGUCGAAAUAUGUUGAUAUCCCCAACAAGUUCCUGGAGCGUGGCAGGAUUUAAAAGAGCGACGUUGUUACUUGUUCCAUACCUCAGAUAGCAUUUUUGUUGCAUGCAUGAUUUUAGCGUGCUCUUUCAACACAUAUAUAUCCCUUAACCCGCUGCUUCGCGUCUUACGUUAUCGAUAAGGCUGCAGGCAAUAGAAAACUCUGAUUCUUGCCUCCGUGAUGAGAAUUACAACGACCUGAGGCUAUUCGAAUUGCUUGUAGAUAGCUAUAUAGACUCAUUCUAUGGAGGUUAGCUUUGCUAGGCACAUAGUCAAUGUCAUUC